AUGUACCAAGCUAAGACUGCUCGGAAUAAGGCCUUAUUGAUGAGGCGCUUAGUCAAUAUGAAGUUGAAAAAUGAAACUUCUGUUGCCGAGCAUACCAGUGAGUUCCAGAGCCUGGUAAAUCAGCUAUCUUGUGUGGAGGUGCCGCUUGGAGAUGAAAUGCAAUCUCUGCUACUUCUUAGUUCCCUUCCUGAUAGUUGGGAAACACUCGUUGUUACUCUCAGCAACUCAGCCUCAAACGGCAAACUUUCUAUGUCUGUUGUCAAGGAUGCCUUAUUCAAUGAAGAGGCAAGAAGGAAAGACAUGGGCACAGAUAAGACCCAUGCCCUUGUGAUGGAGAAUCGAGGAAGACCACAAGGCAAGCAACAAAGAAGCGGUAGAGGGAAGAGCAGGGGUAGAAGCAAGGGGAGGCAAUCAGAUGAUCGAAGAUCACAUGUGUGCUAUCAUUGUGAUCUAGAAGGUCAUAUGAAGAAGAAUUGCUAUAAAUGGCUCGAGGAGCAGGGCAAGAGCAAUUCUCAGCCGAAUAAUAGUUCUCAGCAGAAGAACAAGGGCAAGAGUGGUGAAACUCUUAUCACUGUCUCAGAGAUCAGAGUUGUUAAGCUUGGUACACUCUGA